CAUUGCAUCGGUUGGCGCGAAAAUCGGCAAUAAACCCUAAUUUAUCCCAGACCGACGCUUCUUCUUCCUCUUCCACACCUAAACCCCACACCACAUAAACCCUUUUCCUCUAGAAUUUGAUUUCCAUGACGAUUCUUCGAUCUCGUAAAAUCCCUUCGGCCUCAGCCAAGCCACUCCCUAAAGAAUCGGACAUCGAGCCCUCCACUCCUUGUCGUACACAAGAGCCCGAUGUUCACCGUUCGCCGGAUGAGAUCGCUCCCAAAUCGGGUCCUACUGUUGAACCCACUCACACAACCCGGAGGCGUAGUCUUCGUCUUGCACACCAAUGCGACGACGUCGGCGAUGACUGUGUCACUGAGAAAGGGGUUAGUGUUUCAGUUUGUGGCGAGAGCAUGCCCAAUAAUAUAGAUGUUAAGUUUUUGAGUUUGCGGUCAGGGAAGAAAGUUGCUAAGAGGGGAAUUGAAGAACAUGGUAUUGAAACAAUUGAAUCUAGGAGAUUUGAUUUCGAAACCCAAUUUGAUGCAUUGGAGAGUGGGGUCAGUAAACGCAAGAGGGUUUGUGUUGAUUUGGUUGAAGAUAAUAUUGUGAGAAAGGAAUCAGAGAAUAGUGGGAUUUCUGGAGAUUGUGGAGUGGUUAAUGUAGAUUUCAAACUGGAUUCACAGUCUGGAAGAAUGGUUAAUGAGGAGAUGGGAUAUACUAGUGGUAAUGACUCUUUACCGGAGGAUUGUGCUGAAGAAAAUGAGAGCAAGAACAAAGGAAAGGCUGUAUUGGAAGAUUCCUCUGGAUUAAAUGAUGUGCAGGUGAUUUGUGUUGAGAGUUACGACAUGCCAAGUAGCUCUAUGGGUACUAGGAGAAGAUAUACUCGGGAGGAGAAGGGAAAGGGUAUUCAGGUGGAGACUGUCUCUUCUCCAAUCACGGUUGAGGUUGUCGAAGUUGUUGAAGAAGAAAUGGAGAUUGAGAAUGAGAAUCCCCCUGAUGCCUCUGUACCAGAAUUGUCUGCGACGACGGUUAAUGCAGAACCAACGCAGAAUCAUAACAGUAAUGAAACUGGAAACGGUUCAAGAAGUCGGCACUUUCGCGACAUUGCCAGGAGAAAUGCUUCCAGAUUUGCUCAUUUUGAUGCUCGAAUGGAGGAAGAAGAGGACUUGUCAGAUAGAGAGGGUGAACAACAGGUCGAAGAUUGGCCUGGCCCUUUCUCUACUGCCAUGAAAAUAAUUAAGGACCGGGAAGAAAACACGACUUCGUAUUUUGGUAUUGGUGUCUCCAACAAAGAAAGAUCUUCACCAACUAUUUGGGUUCCUAGAAUAAACUGUACUUCUGCCCCUCGAAAAGCUCCAUCUCUGCAAGAGCUAUCUUUGCAAAUUCUUGUCAAGAAUGCUGAUGCCAUCGUUUCGCUUGACUAUGUUCCGGACGCACUAAGGGUUAAACUUUGUCAAUCGCUAUGUGAUUCUAGGCGAAUGGACGUACACUUUCUUGAUCUUCUUGUCCGUGGAUCUCCAACAGAAAUUUGUGUUCCAGAUUGCUCAUGGCUGACCGAGGAACAAUUCACUGAAUGUUUUAAGAACUGUGACACCAGCAAUUUGAUGGUUCUUCAACUCGACCAAUGUGGACGUUGUAUGCCAGAUUAUGUACUACACCUCACCUUAGCAAGGUCACCAAAACAGUUGCCAGUGCUAUCUUCUUUAUCCUUAAGUGGUGCAUGCCGGCUCUCCGAUGUGGGGCUAGAGGCACUUGUUUCUGCUGCUCCUGCGAUUACAUCUAUUAAUCUCAGCCAAUGCUCUCUUUUAACAUCAUCUAGCAUUGAUAUGUUAUCUUAUUCAUUGGGGUCAGUUUUAAGGGAAUUGUAUAUCAACGAGUGCCAAAACAUUGAUAUGAAGCUUAUUCUACCAGCAUUAAAAAAGUUCGAGAAGUUGGAAAUAUUGUCCCUUGCGGAUCUUCCUUCAGUCAAGGGUCAGUUCUUGAAGGAGUUUGUUACUGCUAGAGGACAGACCCUGAAGCAGCUAAUUUUGACCAACUCUGGGAAAUUAUCUGAUUCUUCUAUUAAAAUCAUCUCUGAAAACUGUCCCAAUUUAACCGUGCUUGACCUGGCUAACGUAUGUAAGUUGACGGAUUCUUCUCUGGGCUACCUUGCAAAUGGCUGUCAAGCUCUGGAGAAAUUGAUUUUUUGUCGCAACUCUUUUAGUGAUGAAGCUGUAGCUGCAUUUGUAGAAACUGCAGGCCAUUGUCUGGAGGAGCUAUCACUAAACAAUGUUAAGAAGGUUGGCCACAACACGGCCCUAGCAAUUGCCAAACAUUCAGAAAAGCUGCAGAUUUUGGAUGUAUCCUGGUGCCGAGAUAUGUCAGACGAUUUAUUAGGCUACAUCGUCGAUAACUGUUCAUCUCUGAAAGUGUUGAAGGUCUUUGGAUGCACUCAGGUGACGGAUGUAUUCGUUAAAGGUCACUCAAAUCCUACGGUGAAGAUCUUAGGUUUGAAGAUGGUUCCCUUCUUGGGUCACCUUACAAAGAACUUUGCUGAUUACUGAAAGAAACUCAAUAUCUCCCUCUGCUUUGUUUGGUUUUAGAGAAGAGCAGAGACGGUCUACUAAAUUGUCCAAACAUGUGUUUUUGGUUGAUACCUAAUCUAGUAUUUAUUAAAUUGACAAGAUCGAAAA